AUGGCCGGAGAAACAAACGUUAAUGUUUCUUUGGACUUCACAAAUCCACUCUAUUUGCAUCCUUCUGAUGGUACUCAUACCAUUGCCGUUUCCAAGCUCACUAGAUCUGGCAAUUAUCAGACCUGGAAAAGAUCGAUGGAAAUCGCUCUGUCCUCAAAGCGCAAACUCGGGUUUGUGACAGGGAGCGUAAGUCGCCCAAUUGAUGACUCUGUCAAGGCGGAGUUAUGGGACACUUGCAACUCCACCGUUAUAGGGUGGAUUCAUGCUUCGGUGUUGGACUCUAUCAAAAGCUCAAUACUGUUCUUGAGCACAGCAAGGAUGAUAUGGUCACACCUUGAGAAGCAGUUUUCUCUCACAGAUGGGUCACGCAAAUACAAGAUCAGCAGAGAUCUGUAUGGAUUGAAGCAAGGUGGUGCGCCAGUGCACGAGUACUACACUAACAUGCGGAGUCUCUGGAAGGAGCUGGAAGCGGUGAGUGCUCUGCCAACUAUAACCACAACGGGUACAGACAUUACUGCUUUCCUGCGGGCUAUGGAAAGGCAGCAGGAGGAGAGUCACUUGUUCCAGUUCCUAAAUGGACGAUGA